AGCAGCGCCCGGGCACCGGCACCGUCUCUCUCUCGCUCCACCUGGCGGGAGCACCAGGCCUGUGUGCGGAGGGACUGGUCCCGGACAACAUGGUUUCUGCAGUGGCCCCCAGCCUCAUCGCGUCUCUGCUCCUGCUCCUGAGGGCGCUGGCCCUGGCGGCCCACUCCGUGCCCCAGCCGGUCGGCUUCCUGGAGGACAUGGGGGGCAGCGGGGAGGCCGAGGACUCGUCGGCCUCCUCCCCUAGCCUCCCGCCCUCCCAGACCCCAGGCCUCAGCCCCACGUCGGUGGGGCCCCAGCCCACGCUCCUGGCGGGCCCCAAGCCCCCCACCAACUUCCUGGACGGCAUCGUGGACUUCUUCCGCCAGUACGUGAUGCUCAUCUCCGUGGUGGGCUCCCUGACCUUCCUGCUCAUGUUCAUCGUGUGUGCCGCCGUCAUCACCCGCCAGAAGCACAAGGCCUCGGCCUACUACCCGUCGUCUUUCCCAAAGAAGAAGUACGUGGACCAGAGUGACCGGGCCGGGGGUCCCCAGGCCUUCAGUGAGGUCCCAGACAGGGCUCCCGAUGGCCGGCCCGAGGAGGCACUGGAUUCCUCUCAGCAGCUCCAGGCUGACAUCCUUGCCGCCACGCAGAACCUCAAGUCUCCCGCCAGGGCGGCCCAGGGCGCUGGAAAUGGAGCCAGGCUGACGGAGGGCAAGUCGGAGGAAGAGGAGACGUGCAGCCAGGAGGCGGACCAGGAAGCCCAGGGGUGUGCGGGCCCAGCGGAGAAGCCGGAAGGGCCGGAGGAGCCAUGCUCAGCAGUGGCAGAGGGGGCUGUGGUGGCCGACGAAGGCUCGGGGGAGCUGGAAGCGGCUCCCUCAUUAGCCCAGGAAGCUGAGGGUCCAGCCGGCCCCCCUGAAAGCCCCUGUGCUUGCGGCAGUGUCACCCCCAGCGUCUAACAGGCCUCCAGGGCUGUGGCCCUGACUGUUGGACCCUUAGUGGUCCCUUCCUCGGGCGUAGAAAGACCCUUGGCCCUUAAUGCUCCCUGAUGUCCCCCCCUCGACCACUCCCAGCUGCAAAUCCCAGCGUGUCCUGAUCCUACAGUGGGCAGAGAUACUGGACUCCGGUCUACCCGGGGAAUCUCACCAAGUUCUAGAACCUUUGCCGCUGCCUUCCCAAAAGGGCUCCAUUCCAAAGCACCGCCUCUCUGGGGAGGUGGGGCUGGGGACGUGUCCUCUUACAGCCACGUCAAUUGGGAAACAUACUUUGCAGGUCCCUUGUGACAGUGCCAAUGUCGCUGCUUUCCAUUGAGGUAGAAAAGAGAAACAAAAUAACUGGGAAUUUUGGAAGAGGUUGAAUGGCAGGGAGCAGAAGUGCCUGGGGUGGGUGCGGCUAGAGCUACGGCUGGCUGACGGAUUAAUCAGGAAGCUUCUGUGAGGGGCCCUCGCGGCUGGCGAAGACAGGGCCUUCAAUGAGCAUUUCCCAAACUGGGUUCCCUGAGGUACCCUGUGGGGGAAAAAACGAGUUUGGAGUCCAAUGAGUUGAAGAAACACUGCCUCUCUAUUCCUCGUACUCCCCUUAGAGCACCCCAGGGCUCAGACAAGUCCCCCAGUAAAGGCCCCUGUUUCACUCAGCCUUUCCCAAACUGCUUUUGACCGUGAAGUACCUUUUUGUUUUGCAGCUACAGAGUAAAAUGGUGCAGAGUGCACUCUGGAAAUUACUGCUCUAAAUGUUCCUAAGGCGCACCCCCCCCCGGAGUGUAUGGUUGUUCUGGGGUGUGGGGUGUAGGGUGUGGGAGUUUGGGCCCCCUCAAGUGCUGCCUCUCAUCCUGGUAUGUGCCGUGGGGAUGGAGCUAAUGAAUUGACCCUUUUUUGAAGCUUGGGGUGUAGGGGGGUGCUGUGUGUGAGGGGAUGGGGGGUGGUUUCUGACGCCCGGCCUGGGCAGGGGUGGCCCUGGCCCCCAGCCCUUAGAUCAUACACGUUGUCUGGCAGCCUGUGUCCAUAGCGUUCCUUAGUCCUUGACCAGGGAGCCUGAGCUCCGUCUUAAUCCGGGGAGGUUGUGGGGGGUCCUCUUCCCCAUACUUCCAUCUGGGCCCCUCGACCUCUGCACAACUCUCCAGGUGCUGAGACAUAACAAACCAGCACAAUAAACCUUUAUUCUGG